AUGGCCGGCUGUAUCCCCGAGGAGAAAACUUACCCGGCGCUUCCUGGAGCUCUUACCUGGGCGAGUUUCGCGGACCCUGCGGUGGAGGCGAGCCCGAGCCGGAACCCCGAAGCCGAACAGCCGAGUCGGAGCCCGAAGCCGAGUCCCGAACUGGGCGCUGCUGCCGCCGCUGCUGCUGCUGCUGGAAGCGGCUUCGGUCGAGGCACCCGGCGGGGAGGAGGAGGAGGAGGAGGCGGCCGCCUCGUGGUCGCCUCGGAGGAGGGGGACCCCGAGUCCGGGCCAGACCCCGAGCCCGAGGAGGAGGCGGUGGAAGAGGACGAGGCGGUGGAAGAAGGGGCGCCGGAGGGCGAGGAGGAAGAGGAGGUGGAGGAGCCCGCAGGACAGACCGGGGCAGUCGGCCGUGCAGCCGCCGCCGCCGCCGCCUGCACCGCAGCAAGCAGCAGGCAGCAGCAGCACCAGCAGCAGCACCCCCAGCUGCCGCCUCUUGCCCCCGCUUCCCCCGGCCGCUGUCGGAGCGCAUCACCCGCGAGGAGGUGGAGGGCGAGAGCCUGGACCUUGUGCCUGCAGCAGCUCUACAAUACUAAUUGCCCUUCCUUUUUGGCUGCUGCUUUAGCUAGAGCCACAUCAGACGAAGUUCUUCAGAGUGAUCUGUCUGCUCAUUACAUCUCAAAAGAAACAGAUGGCACAGAAGGAACUGUGGAGAUUGAGACAGUGAAAUUGGCCCGCUCUGUCUUCAGCAAACUGCAUGAGAUUUGCUGCAGCUGGGUGAAAGACUUCCCUCUCCGCAGGAGACCCCAGCUUUAUUAUGAGACAUCAAUCCAUGCCAUCAAAAACAUGCGCAGGAAAAUGGAGGACAAACAUGUCUGCAUUCCUGAUUUUAAUAUGCUCUUCAACCUAGAGGACCAGGAAGAGCAAGCUUACUUUGCAGUGUUUGAUGGCCAUGGGGGAGUGGAUGCCGCCAUUUAUGCGUCCAUUCAUCUGCAUGUUAACUUGGUGCGCCAAGAAAUGUUCCCCCAUGACCCCGCCGAGGCACUGUGCCGAGCCUUCCGUGUCACUGAUGAACGCUUUGUGCAGAAAGCUGCCAGGGAGAGCUUAAGAUGCGGGACCACAGGUGUGGUGACCUUCAUCAGAGGCAACAUGCUCCAUGUGGCCUGGGUGGGCGAUUCCCAGGUGAUGCUUGUCAGAAAGGGCCAAGCUGUUGAACUGAUGAAGCCACACAAACCGGACAGAGAGGAUGAAAAGCAGCGGAUUGAGGCCCUUGGAGGCUGUGUGGUCUGGUUUGGUGCCUGGAGAGUGAAUGGAAGUCUGUCGGUCUCCAGAGCAAUUGGAGAUGCUGAACAUAAGCCAUAUAUUUGUGGGGAGGCCGAUUCUGCCUCUACUGUUUUGGAUGGAACUGAAGACUACCUCAUUCUGGCCUGUGAUGGCUUCUAUGACACCGUGAACCCCGAUGAGGCAGUAAAAGUCGUAUCUGACCACUUGAAGGAGAAUAAUGGAGACAGCAGCAUGGUUGCCCACAAAUUAGUGGCAUCAGCUCGUGAUGCUGGGUCAAGUGAUAACAUCACUGUUAUUGUGGUAUUCCUGAGGGACAUGAACAAAGCUGUAAAUGUUAGUGAGGAAUCAGAUUGGACAGAGAACUCUUUUCAAGGAGGGCAAGAAGAUGGUGGGGAUGAUAAGGAAAAUCAUGGAGAGUGCAAACGCCCUUGGCCUCAGCACCAGUGCUCAGCCCCAGCCGAUCUAGGCUAUGAUGGGCGCGUGGAUUCGUUCACUGAUAGAACUAGCCUGAGCCCAGGGUCCCAAAUCAACGUGCUGGAACACCCGGGCUACCUAGAUCUCACACAAAUAGAAGCAAACCAAUCUCACAGUGCCCAGUCUUGGCCACCAGUUGAAAUGUUUGGUCCUGGUGCACCAAAGAAAGUCACUCUUAUUAAUGAGAUAAUAAUGGAGGAAAACUCAGUUCAAUCAUCAUUGCCUGAACGGAGUGGUGUUGGAGAAUUCCCCUCUUCAUUUAAUGUGGGUUCCAAAGGGCAGCAGAUAUACAGAAUGGAGACCUUCUCUCCUGUCUAUUCUAAGCUGGAAAAUGAACAGUUUAUGUUGCUGGGAAAGAGGGCGUCUAGAUUGUUUCAUUUACGCUACCACUAUUCCAAGAGGCGAAAUGGAUUCAGGUUUAACUCAAAAUUGUAUUCAUUUCUCUCUGUUCAAGAGUCUUCUCAUAAAACAGGCACCAGCCUGUCCUCACUUACUCAAGGUAGGAAGAGAAAUAGGGUGUUAAGAAGUUCUAUACCAUGGAAACAAAAUAGUUGGACAGGGUAUAGUGAAAGCAUGAAGAAAUUUAGGAAGAGUGACAUGCCAUACCCAGAUCUCCCCUGGAGCUACAAAAUAUAGUAUUUUAAAAGUAGAAGUUAGUUAGCUCUUCCCCAAUUAACAAAUCACUAUCAGUAGAAACACGGUAGACAUUUUUGAAAUAUGUGCUUCAUUAUGAAACCAUGGAUGGCAAUUCUUAAAUGUACAUAGAUCUCUAGGAAACUCAAAAUCACAGUGUUUUCAACCUAAAAAAAAGUAUUGGCAGUUUCACUAGUGAAAUUCUGCAGCUGGUCCCUGUGGUGUGUGUCCACACAUACAAUCCCCACCCUUUCAAUGUCACUAGUAGAAGCUUAUUAGUUUAUCAAAUCAGGAUAUAGUAUUGAAAUCUCAAUCAGAUGAAAUCUGGUCUGAUGUGCCUAAUAUUAUCUACGGAAACAAUGAAGAAUUAGCUUCAGAUGGGAAUGCUCCUCUAAAAAAUGGGACUAUGAAGGAAAUCUUUAAUGCCCAAUCGAGACAGGGAGAGUUUAGGUAAAAAGAGUAAAAAGCCAUAAGAGUUUUAGCUGGUAAUAUUUAAAAUAGGAAAAAAGAAUGUCAUAUUCACAGACAAGUGAGGUGGUUUAUGUAUAUAUACACAUACAUACAUAUAUAUAAAAUACAUUUUCUUCUAUAUAACAUAAGAAGGCUGAAAUUUUCUUUUUAAUUAAAAAGUAUUUCCUGGGGAUGUAGCUAUUGAGUUUCAAAACCUGUUAUGGUGCUUUUGGUGGAAUUUUUAUUCUUUGUCAUUUUAGAAGACUGCUAUCAACUGGUUUUAAUCUAUGAUGCUUAAUGUGUUUUUCACUGUACCUUCAUCUCAGGAAUAAAACUGGCUUAAUGGAGAUGAUGUCAGGUACAAAUCUAUAAUCAGGUGACCAUUUCAAAACAGUAUCAAGUAGUAUUUCCACUUUCUCCAUUCAAGUUAUACAGAGCAAAAGGCAUACUAGCAUCAAGAUGUUGUUGAAGACUACUACUAGUCUUGGGGCCUGAGCAAAUAUUACAGUCCGUUCAGGUGCUUGCUUUGCACGAGGCUGACCUAGGUUCAACCCCUGCACACCCUAUGAGGGUUUCCUAAGUCACAAAAGGAGUAAGCCCUGAGCACUGCCAGGUAUGGCCCCACAUCAGAAAAUAAAACAAAGAUACUAGUCUUAAUUUCUCUAAAAUGGUUUCCUCUAAGGGAAUGAGUAAUUGGGACAUUGGUAUGCAAGAGAUUAAAAUGACUGCCUUAAGUGAACCAACCUAGUGGCCAAAUACAAAGGAGAAUCUAAAUCCUGACAUUGAGUUCUGUUUAGCUAUAGGUGGAAGAACACAUAGAGACCGUGCUACAUGCCACUUCACACUGCAGAUAUAUGACACGUUUUCCACUUCAGCAUCUAUAUUUGAUAUUUAACUGUCUUUUUGCCAUUUCUGCAGUUUCAAGCUAGAAGCUUACCCUUAACUAAAACAGCAAAUAAUCAGAUUAAUUCAGUGAAGCCUCAGAUUCUUGAGAUCACAAAUGUCUCCACUUGACAUACUACCUUCUUCCACCGUCAAUCAUGGACCAGUCUUGCCAAUGGACAGGAGGCUGCCUGCUGUAGUGCACGUUCUCCCUCAAACUGGUAGCAGGCAACUAAAUGCAUCUUUUUGAAAAAGGUCCCAUCUAACUAUUUUUAUAUACUACAAUUACUUUCUGUUCCUCAGGCCCAUAACAGAGAAGUAAAGUUCCUAGAUUUUAAAAACAGAACUGACUUAGCAUAUCUUGGGUGCCAGAAUAUCGGUAUCAAAUAAAUAUAAAAACAGCUUUACUUUAUCAAUGGUCAGAUUGCUAUUAUACAGAUUUUAUUUUUUAAAAUAGGAUGUAAAGUAGAAAUUUUCAGUAUUUGUUUCCUCUUGAUAUUUGAAGUCUUUUAUCAAGUCUUGUGACACAUGGUUGAAAGAAAAGAGUAAAUAUGGGUCCAACUAUAGUACCACAAUCUCUUCAUCACUCAUCAUACAUGGACCUCACAUUUGUCAUUUUCUGAAGCCUAGAUCUUGUUAACAACCCAGCAGGUGCAAUUUGUCAGUUUCAAAUCAAAUUAUCUAAAGAAACAAGAAAACAGAAGCAGAAUUAUAACAGACUAUAUAAACAUUGUAAGUUCAAAGCACUUGAUUUAAGAAAAAAAAUUUUAUUUUAUGUAAUCAUUGGAACAAUGAUUCCAAUUAGAGUGAAAGGGAAGGGGAAAAAGGUACAAAGGAUCGGUCUAUACAAUAGGCGUAAUUACUAUGGGAAAGAAUUGGAAUGAAAUGAAGACCACAAGUUUUAAAGGUAGAUCUGACUACAAAACAGUGUUGAAUCCAUUUCUCAUAUCAGUAGCCCUCUAGAAAAUAAAGCAAAGUAGUUCUAGUAUGGUCAAGUUAUAAACCAAUAUUGUAAAAAAAAAUUAGCAACUAUCCAUUUGUUCAAGACAUUUAUAGAGUAGAUAGGUGCCAUUUGUUAAGUCCUUUAAAAUCCUCUGAUAUUCAAUUAGUGGUUAUUGGUUUGACAUAUGCUGCUCUUGAUUCUUUCUAUAAACUAGAUAAAAAGCAGUGCUUUGUGAAAUGCAGUGUUAUGUCUUAAUGCCACUGGUGAUAGAAAGUAGUUCCCUUCAGUUUAAUUCCUGUACCCUAUUUGCUGCUUGCUAAAGUAAGCAAUAAGUAUAUCCCUCUAAUGGUAUCCACACAUUUCUGUAACUUGUAUUUAAUGAUGGUGUAUCUGGUGAUUGUAAAAACAUUAGACAGAUCUAAAAGUAUAUAAUAUAUAAACUGUUAAUGCUGA